UGGGUUCCCCGUCAGUCGCUGGAUAACUACUCUCACGCGCGCCAGCGGAACAGCAGCGCUCCGCACAGCCACCACGCCGUUCCGACUCGUCCUAUUUGAAAAUCAUUUUUGAUUGUUUGUUCGUUCGUUUGCUGGGCAUUGGGGCAGUCGAACCCAAUUCCAAGUGAAGUUCAACAGCACCUACUGCUACUCCUUUUUUUUGUCUUAACAAUUACAAAUUUUGUCUUGGGAUUCUCCUGCCUUUUUGUUUUGAUAUUUCAUCAUGGCCACCGGUAAAGCCAUCGUAUACUUGGUAUUCGCGUCCGCUCUUAUCGGCUGGACUGCUGGGCAGAAACGGACGAAAGUCGGAACGAGCAUUGCCGGUAGCGAGAUUGAAAUGGCGCCUGAUUUUGAAUGUCCCGAAGAAUUCGGUUACUACCCGGCGCCGAACGACUGCACUCGUUACUACGUUUGCGUAUUUGGUGGCGCCUUAUUAGAAAGCUGCACCGGCGGUUUGGUCUACAGUCACGAAUUGCAGACAUGCGAUUGGCCGCGUAACGUCGGAUGUCUGACGGGAGCGGAAGCCAUGGCUAUUAACAAGCCCAAACCACCUGCCCGACCUUCGGCUGACCAGAAAACCAACUCUCCAUUGACGCAAUUCUUGAGCUCCGAUAGCAAUAAACCAUCCUCCAGCCGGACCCAGUCGACCACUUCAUCGACCAACUCUCGGUCCAAGGCGCCACUAACGUUUGAGCUAUUGGGUGACGUUGCUGCCACGAUUGACAACCGACAAGGACGGGAUUUCCAGGGAACUACGCCACUGAGAUCACAGGGACAGAACGCCCAGAUUGGUGGCACCUCUAGAAACACACUCGCCGGUGAAAACCCCAAACCCAACAGCUUCAACGCACGCUCUCAAGCUCCCCGCGUCGAAGAUCUCCCAGAUGACUUCAUUCCAGCCACCACAUUCAACCCUACAGCUGGCCGCUUCCCCCACAGUCGCUCGAUGGCCUUCCGGAGCCGUCAACAUCCUGGCGAACGGUUGAUCAGCCAUCGUCAUGACGUCGACAACGACUACUACUACUAUGACGACGACGAUGACGACACAAUGACUUCUUCCUCUGGUUUCACAAUCUUUAAUCACAACCUCGAUCGUAACGAUGAGGACGUGAGCGUGAAGACGAGGGGCAAAUUCGCCGACAGGGACGACGAGCUAUUCUGGAACCCUAAUCACAACGGUCAGCAGAAGGAGGAACGAUUCCACGAAGAGAGCAUCCCUUCAAUGCAUUUCAAUCCAAUCAACGCCAAUUCUCAGCGGUCGGUAUUUGAGCACACGAAUCACGGCCCGGUGCCGGUGCGCGGUGCUUCACAGCACAGAAGUAGUGCCCAGUCACCGUCGAUGGAGUCGAGGCAUUUCAUUCAGCAGAGUGCGACAUCCUUUCGUCCAUUCCAGGGCGGACAGCGCCCACAUUCAGACAGUCAAUUCAAUGACGAACCGUCCAGCGCUGGUCAAUUUCAACCGCAGGUUCGUGUUCAGGGCGACGGUUCCGCUGAAUUGCGCCACCAACCAGCGUCGUCGUCGUCCUCUCACGGCGUUGUGCCACUAUUGUUCCGGCAACAACAGACACAGCCACCACAACAACAACAGCAAUCAUUCUCUGAGCGCCCAGUUCCUUUCACCGCGUUCGCAAAGCAACCAAACACUCGCUUACCCAGUAACAAUCGGCCCCCUAUUCUAACUGCCUCACAAUUCCAAACCAGUCCCACUACUACUGACGAUUUUGAUGGCUCUAAUGACGAACAACAAUCACCCACACUAGACUGGAAUCAACAACCACAACGACAAGCACAGCAAACGUUACGACCAGGCCCGCCAAGAGUUGAUUCCAGAGUGCCAACUGGAGCCAGUUUGCCCAGCAGCGAUCAGUUCCACCGAGAGACCACUGUGCGCCAACCAACGACUGAACCUAUUCAAACCGAGGCUGAUUUUGCCGACCAGUGGGAAGCUCCAGCUCCUCAAAGACAGCAGCCCGUCCAGCAGAGACCAAGCAGUUCUUCUCGUCAGCCAGAGAGGCCUGUUACCACUACUACAGAGUUCCCAGUAAGAGCACCAGCUCAAUCUUCCAGUCAAUUCAGCGAGACCGACGUUGACUAUCACGGAUUCCCCGUCGAUGAGUUGGCCACUUCCGAGCCUUCUGCCGAUCAGUUUGCUGAUUACGACAUCUUCGACGAUCCAGCGACCACUGGAGUCCGUCCUCAGGAAGAAGAAUUCUUCGAAGCCCCCGUCACCAGGACCGUCCCUACCACAACAUCUACCACUACUACCACAACUACCACAACUACAACUACAACUCCUAAACCUCUUCAGCGAGGAGCCAACAGAGGCAAACCAGCAGGUGAUAGAGGAUCUUCUCGUUUCCGCCCAUCCGACUCCAACCGCGAAGAAGAAUCCGCACCUGCUCCAUCAUCAUCGGGAACUAAACGCCGCCCGACACUGAAGCCCGUCUCUGACUUGGUCCGGAACACUCCAGCUGAACCGAUCGACAUCAUGCAGCAUCCUCCCCGCCGAUUGGAGCCCAUCUUCCCUCAGCCGACUCCGGAUGAGCCUGCCGCUAAAUGUAACGCCGACGUUUGCCGUCUUCCCGACUGUAACUGCGGAGGAAAAGACAUUCCAGGCGGUUUACGAGCGAUCGACACGCCACAGUUGGUACUCCUGACAUUCGACGACGCAGUUAACGACUUAAACAAAGAACUUUACAGCGACUUGUUUGAAACGGGCCGAGUCAAUCCCAACGGAUGUCCGAUCGCAGGCACUUUUUACGUGUCCCACGAAUGGACCGACUACGGCCAGGUCCAGAACCUGUACGCCGACGGACACGAAAUUGCUUCGCACACCAUUUCGCAUAGUUUCGGCGAACAAAUGUCUGCCAAGAAAUGGGCCAAAGAAGCUGCCGGACAGCGUGACAUCAUGGCCGCUUAUGGUGGCGUUCGUGCUGAAGAUAUCCGUGGUCUGAGAGCGCCUUUCUUAUCGGUCGGAGGAAACCGCAUGUUCAAAAUGCUUUACGACAUGAACUUCACCUAUGACUCAUCGAUGCCCGUCUAUGAGAACAAACCACCUUCAUGGCCCUACACUUUGGAUUACAAGAUCUUCCAUGACUGCAUGAUUCCACCAUGCCCAACCAAAUCUUAUCCAGGUGUUUGGGAAGUACCCAUGGUUAUGUGGCAAGACUUGAACGGAGGAAGAUGCUCCAUGGGUGACGGUUGCAGCAACCCACCAGAUGCCGAGGGAGUGUACAAGAUGUUGAUCAAGAACUUUGAGCGUCAUUACACCACCAACAGGUAUAAGUCAUUUGCUCCUCUUUUCGCUUACAUACGAGUUAAUCCUAACGAACAUUACAGGGCACCUUUCCCACUGUACUAUCACGCUUCUUGGUUCACGACAGCCCACCACAAGGAAGGUUUCGAAGCUUUCCUUGAUACUAUCGUCUCCAUGGACGACGUCUGGUUGGUCACGAAUUGGCAAGCCAUUCAAUGGGUACGAGAUCCUACUCCGCUGGAUCGCAUCAAGACCUUUAAGCCAUUCAACUGUGAUUAUCCGGAGAGGCCGAAGCGGUGCAAUGCCUCCAAAGUGUGCAACGCUUGGCAUAAAUCUGGCGUCCGCUACAUGCGCACAUGUCAGCCUUGUCCGGAGGUCUUCCCAUGGACUGGCAAAACCGGAGUGAGAAAUCCUUUCCUCGACCACUACGGAGAAAACGAAGUUGCAUCAGCAUGAACUAAGCCUCGACUCGAAAACGAAAGAGAGCAAAUAAAAUAAACUGACAAAUUUUUUUACGAUAAAUGAUAAUGUCGGCAUUCUAUAUAUAUAAUUGGUGUAUUUUUUUUUUGCAUAAUUUGUUUGAUAUCGUGAUGUGUUGAAACAAAUUUCAAACAAACAAACAAAAAGAAUCACGUCGGGUGCCACAUCACGAGAUCCAAACGAGGACUCGCAGAGAUUUGAAAACCUAUAAAUUUGCUUUUUUCCUUUCUUGUUGUGUGGGUGUUUUAUGAUCCAAUGUCAAGGAGACUCCGACUUUGGUGGGUUCGUCCACUGCGUUCCAACUUUCGUUUCCGUUUCGGAGAUAAUAUUCCCUCUAUUCUCUUUUGUGAUUCGAUUGUUGCCCCUCCGCACUCUUUCCCGUUGUACAUUGCGUGUCUUUUUUCUUAUUUCCUCUUCUCGAUUUUUUUUUUAAAUUUUUCCUUCAGACUUGCUAUUGAACAAUGGUGCCUGAUGGUGUUCUCGAUUUCAAAAUACAAACUUGCUAUAAAUGGCAUAUCAUGAAACCCGAAAA